AUGCAACAUUUUUCGCGUAACAUUAUGAGCUCGUCUAUUCUUGAAGCCUCCACAAAUGCCAAGGAGACUGUGCCCAAGGAGACUGCACCCAAGAGAUUCCAGAUUAGCACAACUCCAAUCGCGGAGAUCGAGCAGAGCUCUCCAGAGCAAAGCCCUCCAGAGCAAAGCGACUCAACGGAAAGCGCGAUCUUCAGCUUCGAGGGCGAUGACUCGGCGAUGAUGGCUGAUUCCUGUCAGAAAAUGAAAUUCUUCAUCGUCUUCGUCGCUCUCAUCGCCUCCGCCUCGGGUUGCUUCAACUUGUUCGGCGGUGGUGGAUGUGGAUGCCCCCCACCAUGCCCACCACCUUGCCCACCACCUUGCCCACCACCUUGCCCACCACCAUGUCCACCACCGUGCCCACCCCCGUGUCCACCACCUUGCCCACCACCGGCCCCAAGCUGUUCCCCAGCCCCAGCUCCUUCAUGCGGUGGUGGAUGUGGUGGAAAA